AUGGAUGGGAAAGUGCAAGGGAGGAUGGAUGGGAAUGUGGAGGAUGGAUGGGAAAGUGCAAGGAGGAUGGAUGGGAAAGUGCAAGGGAGGAUGGAUGGGAAAGUGCAAGGGAGGAUGGAUGGGAAUGUGCAAGGGAGGAUGGAUGGGAAAGUGCAAGGGAGGAUGGAUGGGAAUGUGCAAGGGAGGAUGGAUGGGAAUGUGCAAGGGAGGAUGGAUGGGAAUGUGCAAGGGAGGAUGGAUGGGAAAGUGCAAGGGAGGAUGGAUGGGAAUGUGCAAGGGAGGAUGGAUGGGAAUGUGCAAGGGAGGAUGGAUGGGAAUGUGCAAGGGAGGAUGGAUGGGAAUGUGCAAGGGAGGAUGGAUGGGAAUGUACAAGGGAGGAUGGAUGGGAAUGUGCAAGGGAGGAUGGAUGGGAAUGUGCAAGGAGGAUGGAUGGGAAUGUGCAAGGGAGGAUGGAUGGGAAUGCGCAAGGGAGGAUGGAUGGGAAUGUGCAAGGAGGAUGGUUGGGAAUGUGCAAGGGAGGAUGGAUGGGAAUGUGCAAGGAGGAUGGAUGGGAAUGUGCAAGGGAGGAUGGAUGGGAAUGUGCAAGGGAGGAUGGAUGGGAAUGUGCAAGGGAGGAUGGAUGGGAAUGUACAAGGGAGGAUGGAUGGGAAUGUGCAAGGGAGGAUGGAUGGGAAUGUGCAAGGAGGAUGGAUGGGAAUGUGCAAGGGAGGAUGGAUGGGAAUGCGCAAGGGAGGAUGGAUGGGAAUGAGGAUGGAUGGGAAUGUGCAAGGGAGGAUGGAUGGGAAUGUGCAAGGGAGGAUGGAUGGGAAUGUGCAAGGGAGGAUGGAUGGGAAUGUGCAAGGGAGGAUGGAUGGGAAUGUGCAAGGGAGGAUGGAUGGGAAUGUACAAGGGAGGAUGGAUGGGAAUGUGCAAGGGAGGAUGGAUGGGAAUGUGCAAGGAGGAUGGAUGGGAAUGUGCAAGGGAGGAUGGAUGGGAAUGCGCAAGGGAGGAUGGAUGGGAAUGUGCAAGGAGGAUGGUUGGGAAUGUGCAAGGGAGGAUGGAUGGGAAUGUGCAAGGAGGAUGGAUGGGAAUGUGCAAGGGAGGAUGGAUGGGAAUGUGCAAGGGAGGAUGGAUGGGAAUGUGCAAGGGAGGAUGGAUGGGAAUGUGCAAGGGAGGAUGGAUGGGAAUGUACAAGGGAGGAUGGAUGGGAAUGUGCAAGGGAGGAUGGAUGGGAAUGUGCAAGGAGGAUGGAUGGGAAUGUGCAAGGGAGGAUGGAUGGGAAUGCGCAAGGGAGGAUGGAUGGGAAUGUGCAAGGAGGAUGGAUGGGAAUGUGCAAGGGAGGAUGGAUGGGAAAGUGCAAGGAGGAUGGAUGGGAAAGUGCAAGGAGGAUGGAUGGGAAUGUGCAAGGGAGGAUGGAUGGGAAAGUGCAAGGAGGAUGGAUGGGAAUGUGCAACGGAGGAUGGAUGGGAAUGUGCAAAGGAGGAUGGAUGGGAAUGUGCAAGGGAGGAUGGAUGGGAAUGUGCAAGGGAGGAUGGAUGGGAAUGUGCAAGGGAGGAUGGAUGGGAAUGUGCAAGGGAGGAUGGAUGGGAAUGUGCAAGGGAGGAUGGAUGGGAAUGUGCAAGGAGGAUGGAUGGGAAUGUGCAAGGGAGGAUGGAUGGGAAUGUGCAAGGGAGGAUGGAUGGGAAUGUGCAAGGGAGGAUGGAUGGGAAUGUGCAAGGGAGGAAGGAUGGGAAUGAGCAAGGGAGGAUUGAUGGGAAUGAGCAAGGGAGGAUGGAUGGGAAAGUGCAAGGAGGAUGGAUGGGAAUGUGCAAGGAGGAUGGAUAG